CCUAACCCAAAGAAGAAGAAGCUCUGGCAGUCCAGCAGUCAUUUCCUUAAAAAUCAUAGAAAAAGUCGGCUACUGUGACAGAUAAGUUGAAGACAGAUCAGGCCACCCACUAACAUUUACGUUAUACCCCACCUUUCCUUCAAAUUUGAUAACUAACUUAGCUUACUUAAGCUGCAAUAACUAAACAUCGUUUUUAAACAUGGCGGGUAACGUUACAGAAGCAGAGAGGAAUCUUGCCAUUGACAUAUAUAUAAUCGAAUCUUGAAUCUUGCCCGCCGUCGGUCGGUGGCUGAAGAAAGAGCAGGAUCCAUCGAGGACAAGAAGAAGAAGAAGAAGAAGAAGAAGAAGAAGAAGAUGAAGAAGAUGAAGAAGAUGAAGAACCACCAGAAACAGAAACCUAACGCCGUCCACAUUCAAAAUUGUAAAUAGCGAACAACUUCACUGGGCUGCCAAAUUUUCAAAAACCCUUGGAAUGAGAUUUGGUGGGGCCAACCAAAAUUUAGCCGCGUACAAAGCAAAAACAAUUUUUUGAAGUCUUCAUUGACAUUUUGGCUAGCUAGCUAACGUUAGCUACCCAUGGAUGUAUAGUGCGGUCUAGCCCCGCCUUUCCGCGGGCUGCAGCGAGACGUAGCUAAUUGCUGGCUCCAGUCCGUCCCAGGCGACCAUGACUCCUCAGCGACAGGUUGUUCACCGCGAGCAGCACCCCUCCAUAAUCACCGAGAAAGUGCAGUUAACUGUCAAACUGUUUAUGCUGGAAAAUGCCCGGAAUACACUUGAACAAGAACUUCUCAAACUCACCAACAAGGCCUACGAAGAGGUUCAAGAAUUCUUGAAUUCAUCUUUUCCCACUAGUGACUUCAGUGAUCUCGCAAAAGCUUUGGAUACAAGAUGCCAAGCCAUUGACAAGCUCUCAGCUUUACUAAAAGACCUCACAGUUGAGGCAAACGUUUUUGUCCAGCCUACUGUCAAAAAUGGAGUGAGAACCAAUCAGCUUCUGCCACUCGGAGACAAAUGGAUCCUAACGACGGAAGUUCUCAAGUUUGGGCCAAUGUUGCAGAACUCGCUCAUGUCGAGCUCUAUAGCCAAAGCUGUCCAGGUGCUUGGAGCCACGCUGUCCCUCCAGCAGUCAAAACAUUUCCCCAUCUCCCAGCCUGCAGCGGUCCAGCAGGAUGACAUGAUAUGCAGCAUCUCGUCCAGCUACAACAGCGCCGUGGCGACUACGACCUCAUCCUUUCACUUACAGGCUGAAGAAAAAGAAAACGCUGUUGUUUCUGAGGAGGCAGGCCCAUCAGAUGCUGUGUUUCUUUCACCUGCGAUUAUUGAGAGACCCAAGAUUAACCCAGAGAGGCCACCAGUACGACUACCUCCCAUACAAGCUAUACUCCCAGAGAUCAGUAACCCUAAACCAAUGAAAAUAACACCACUAAUAGGCUGGGGAUGUGUGGAUGAUGUCCAGGUGCAGCACCAAAAACAAACAUCCUCUCAGCUGCUUCACUUCCUCAGAACAAAAGCUAAAAACAUGGGUGCACUAGAGGCCACUGUCAUGGAGUGGAGUGAGAGAAUGUGCCCUUCAAGCUUGCCACAGGUGUCUACCAUCCAAACACAAAGCUACCAAUUCAGACAUGUUGUGACGAAUGAUCUGAUCAAUGCACUAGCUCCGAAAAUGUUAUGUGCAGACAUCGAAAACCAAGCCCCUGUCUUCAGGGUAAAAAGAGUGGAAUCAAGUGGCUCUCUGACCUACACUUGCGUGAUUUCAACAAAGACUGAAUUGUGGGAUAUCGGAGACAUCUUCACAGAGGUGGGACUUGGAGACUCCGAAGCGAGCCCCUUUGAAAAAAAAGACUGCCCAAAUACAACCGCUCAGGUGGAGAACUCCUGUCUAAACACCGAGUGGAAAACCCAAACUCUCCAGUACACAGAACCUGAACAUUUUAGUCAAUCUUCUGGUGCAAAAACGCCAGCGGUCAACGCCAUUACCAUUCCUGAGUUCCAGAUCCAGAGGUUUGAAGAAACUGAAGUUGUAGUGUCUCAUAUUGUCAGCCCAGGCAACUUCUACGUCCAACACGCAGACUCCAUCGUAAAGCUGCAGGCCCUUGUCACAGACAGCUGGAAAGCCAGUAAUUCAUAUGCCGAGCAGAACUGCAUUCCAGACAUUGGAACCCAAGUAAUGGGUUGGUUCCCUAAGCAAGAACAAUGGUGCAGGGCUCAGGUGACAAAGAUAUGUGGAGUAAGUGAAGAUAAUAAUGCCACUGCUGGCGCUGGGAGUGAGACAUCCAUCAAGGUGGAGGUGAAGAGGCUGGACUACGGUGACACAGCCUGCCUGUCACUGUUGAACACCAAGGAGAUGACCCCAGAAAUGGCUGUCCUACCACUUCAGGCUGUACAGGUCUCACUGACAAAUGUGACGCCUGUGAAUGGGAGUGAUUGGUCUGAGGAGGCAGUGGGCUGGUUCAAAACAAUGGUGCACAACAGAACACUCUAUGCCAGACUUUACCCGCAGGGGCCCAAAGUUACAGUCGAGCUGUUUUUGGAAAAGGGAAAGCUCGGAGCUAUGAGGAGGGGUGCAUCAUUGUCUUUGAGACUGGCCCAGAAUGGACAUGCAAAACACAACCAACUCAAGAAUGUCAGCCUCAUGAAAAUAAACACUGUUCAACUUAAAAAGAAGAAGCAGGACUCGGAGUGGGAGAAAUACCUCAUCUCGUGCUAUACUCAAAAGUAACAAGUUAUUCAGAAAGUAAGGAAUGUGGGUAGUUGUGUUGGUGUAAAUUUGUCUCUCGUCUGACAGCACACCAAUGUCAAAUGUAAAAAAAAUAAUAAUAAUACAAAUGGCAGCCCUGCCAUGAAGCACGCAGAAACGCAGACAUUUAUUGAUUCUUAAAUGAGAGCUAACCCAUCCAGGUUCUGGAUGUGUACAUGUGAACAUACAGUGAACUUUCAGGUUACACAUGGACAAACUGCUGUGAUUGGCACUUUGCAGUAAGUAUAAAUCAGGGAUAUUUAAAUAAAAAUGUAAUGUAAUAUGAACAUUUUGAAUAAAAACUGAAGGCAUUGGCUGCUUAAAUAGCAUGUAUCAGCUUUCUUGUGUAUUUUUCUGUCUUGCGGUUCAUAAAGUCAAAGCUAUGUGUAGUGAAUGUGAGAGUAAAGCUAAUGUUUUCUUACAUCUACCUUUGGAACUUCUGUUAUGGUCUUUUUAACAUACUGUAACUUUUAUCUCUUUAGAGUCUAACAAAUUGUGACUAUUGUCUUUGAAGCAUUGAUAGAAAAGUGUGAAACAAAAGAACAUUUUUUUAUGUCAAUGUAUAUGGACAUGAAUAUCUUAAUUGUGGUGCAGGUUGUUUUAUUUAUAACAUUUCUCCCUGUACUUUAUUCUUUAGCAUUUCCUUAAUGAGGAAGUGUGUCUCUAGUCCUUAAGUGAUACUUGAUUUGUCUGUGUGCCGCAUGCAGUAGGUCUGUUUUUUUUUUGUUUUUUUUAUGUAUCACUUUCUUUUCAUGAUAAUACUUAUUAGAGCCAUGUUGCCUUGGUUAAUGUUGAGUUCUUGUACAAUGGCAGAUCUAUUAUCUUAAAUGUACAUUGUCUAUAUCUCUGCUGUCAUAAUACAACUGUUACAAUUGUA